AUGAAGCUCCUCGCUCUGACUCUGGCCUCUCUGGCCUCGGCUGCCUCCGUUUCCUCCAGGAGUCUUCAUCGCCGCGACGACUUCUGCGGUCAAUGGGAUACCGCCGAACCAGGCGACUUCAUUUUGUAUAACAACCUCUGGGGCCAGGAUAAUGCUGAUGAAGGAGGAAGCCAGUGCACUGGGUUAGACUCGGUUGAUGGCAACACCAUUUCCUGGCACACGACAUGGACCUGGACUGGUGGGCAGUAUAAUGUCAAGAGCUACGCGAAUGCCGCGUACCAGUUCACUUCAGCUCAGCUGAGCAGCCUGAGCUCAAUCCCGACUACCUGGGAAUGGAACUAUGACGCAGGAAGUGACGUUGUAGCCAACGUCGCUUAUGACCUGUUCACAAGUUCGAGUGCUGGAGGAGAUCCUGAGUAUGAGAUUAUGAUCUGGCUGGCCGCUCUUGGUGGCGCAGGCCCAAUCUCUUCGACUGGCUCUUCUAUUGCUAGUGUGACGCUUGGUGGAGUCUCCUGGGACCUGUGGAGUGGCCCCAACGGAAAUAUGCAGGUGUACAGCUUUGUUGCUUCGUCCACAACUGAAAGCUUCUCGGCCGACCUUAUUGACUUCAUCAACUACCUGGUUGAGAACCAAGACCUAUCGAAUAGCCAGUACUUGACUAGCGUCCAGGCUGGCACGGAGCCGUUCGUUGGAACCGACGCUACGCUCACUGUUUCAACCUACUCGGUUUCGGUCUCGUAA